CCCACAUCACCUCCAUCCCACAGCUCACAGCAGCCGGACAUGCCUCCGUCUUUAUGACCUUUUUAACUCCUUUCACUAUUUUAUAAAAUCAAAAUGAGUCAGAGCCACCACAUCGGCCAGCGGAUAUCCUACGAUGGUGCGCCGUGCACUGUCCGCUACGUCGGUGAAGUCGCUGGUACGACGGGUAGCUGGUUGGGCGUCGAGUGGGAUGAUGCCGCGCGAGGCAAACACGACGGCUCUCACAAGGGCACCCGAUAUUUCACAUGCUUGUCAAAGUCGCUCACUGCGGCGUCAUUCGUGCGGCCAACCCGCCCGGCUGAUGCCCCCCUGAGCUUCCUCGCCGCCCUCAAUGAGAGGUACGUCGUGGAUGCGCCGGGUGCGGUGCAAGGCAAGUCAAAGGUCGAGAUUGUCAUCUCGGGUAAAGUCGCCCAGGAGAUGGGGUUCGACAAGAUCUGGCGGAGACAGUCGCGCCUAAAGGAGCUGAAGAUUGUGGUCCUUGACGGCCAGAAAGUCGCCAUGGCAAGAAGUGAUGGCGAUGUGAAUGACGAGGGCCUUGCCGCAACCAUUGCUGAGACGUCACCCAAGGUUGUGGAAUUGGACCUGAGUAGGAAUCUAUUUGAGCGAUUUGGGCCCGUGGUCGAUAUUUGCAGAGACCUGAAGGAUCUGCAGAAGCUUUGCAUCAACGGAAAUAGAUUUCUCGAUAUUCUAACAGAUGAUGCCCUCAAAGGCGCAGAGUCUGUGUUUGGAGGCGUGACCGAGCUGCAGCUGGGAGAGACGCUGAUGAGCUGGGAAGAGUCAUGUCUAGUGGCCAGCAAAUGUCCUUCCUUGGCAACUCUCCUCGUAGGCUCAAACCAAUUAUCGAGUCUUCCGUUUAUGAGCCACGUUAGCCUACCAUCAACCCUGACGUCUGUCAAUCUGGAAUACAACGAUUUCACGAGUUUGUCAGAUAUAUCCAGCCUGACAACUCUGAAAUCCCUUCGCCAUUUACAGCUCAAGGGAAACAACAUAUCAACGAUAAUCUCUUUCUCUGACGCUACCGAUGUCGUAUUUUCUCCAUCCGUACAACACGUCGAUCUAUCUUACAACAAGGUAGAUAGCUGGGAGUUUAUUGACAAACUGACGGCUGUCUUCCCUGGUAUGACAGCCCUUCGUAUCAGCCACAACCCCAUCUACUACACCAUAGAUGCCGAGUCUAACGCGCAGUCUUCUGAUGAAUCAUUCAUGUUCACCGUCGCCCGCAUUGCUCAGCUCAAGAUUCUCAACUUUACACAAAUUAUUGCCACGGAUCGCACCAAUGCCGAAACAUUCUACUUGUCACGGAUUGCGAAGCAACUUGCCACAGUACCUGAAGCUGCGGAAGAUUCAAUCAAGGCCUUGCACCCUCGAUACAAAGAAUUGUGCGAAGCUCAUGGAGAGCCCGAUGUGAUUCGUCGCGAGGAGAUUAACCCCAACUUCCUCGAGGCUCGUCUUAUCACGACCGAGUUUCACUAUGAAGCAGCUUCAGAUGAAGGAAAGAAAACCAGAAUCACCAGGAUUCCCAAGUCCUUCGACAUAUACGCUGUCAAAGGCAUCGCUGGGAAGAUGUACGGUCUGGCACCGCUCAAGCUGCGCCUGAUUUGGGAAACGGGCGAGUGGGACCCCGUGGCCGGAUUUGACGAAAAAGACGAUGACGAUGAUGGCAGCGACGACGAAGAUGAAGUCUUGGCAGAAACGGAGCUGGAGGCGGAUAACCAGGCGGCAGGCGGUGAGGAUAACCAGGCAGGGAGAUGGGUGAAGAGAGAGGUGGAGCUUACAGAUGGUCCGAAGCAGCUAGGAUAUUGCGUUGAUGGUUUGAGAGUUAGAAUCAGAGUAGAAGCAUAGCGAUGGGGUUACACAUUAGAUAGAAUUCUACGGGGAAUUGGUAAUAUAUUAUCAAAUCAUUCCUCC